AUGCCAGCAGCAACCACCCCGCCCAUGGAUCCUUUCACUAUUCUCACACCAAAUGCCAUGCUUGGCUAUGGUUACGACUCUGACCACUUCUGGUAUGGAAUUACCAAGUACAAGCCUGCUGCCAUUAUCGUCGACAGUGGCUCAACGGAUGGCGGUCCCUAUAAGCUUGGAAUGGGUAAGAUGACCUGCGGCCGAGGUUCUUAUGUUCGAGACCUGGAACCAAUUCUCGCCGCUUGUUUUCAUCACAAAAUUAAGGUCCUCAUUGGUUCUGCUGGUGGUGAUGGAAGCAAUAAACACGUCGCAGAGAUGCUCAAUCUGGUAACAGAAAUCGCCGAGCAAAAAGGCUAUUCCUUCAAGGUGGCCACAAUCCAGGCCGGUAUGAACCGUGAAUUGAUCAAGUCAAGGAUAUCGCAGGGUCGAGUUGGUCCUUGUGGCCCUGUCGAGGAGCUGCUGCCUGAGGUAGUGGAUGGCGCAGUAGAUGUUGUUGCUCAGAUAGGCGCCGAGCCUUUCAUUGAGGCCCUGGGUGACAACCCAGAUAUUAUUAUUGGUGGAAGGUCGUAUGACCCAGCACCUUUUGCAGCUUUUUCUAUUAGCCGAGGAGUGCUUCCAGCUGUUGCAUGGCAUAUGGGUAAGAUUAUGGAAUGUGGUGGCAUUUGUGCUGUUCCUAAGGGACGAUCAAUGAUUGCCACCAUGAGGAAAGACUCCUUCGACCUCACCCCUCUAUCACCAGCAGAGCGAUGCACGCCUUUAUCAGUUGCGGCGCACACCCUCUAUGAAAAGACUAGGCCCGACCGUCUCCCUGGUCCUGGCGGCAUUCUCAACCUUGACGAAGCCAAAUAUGAGCAGGUUACUCCAAAGACCUGUCGUGUUUCUGGAGCUGUUUUUGAGACAACCCCUUAUCAAAUCAAGCUAGAAGGUGUUACCCACCUAGGCUACCGCACUAUCUUCAUUGGCGGUAUCCGGGAUCCAAUUCUCAUCAGCCAAAUCGACGCUUUCCUCGAGCGAGUACGUGUGUAUUCACAAAAGCUCUUCCCCGAAUUGGACAAGACUGAGCAAUGCCGUCUCUUGUACCACAUCUAUGGAAAAGACGGAGUAAUGGGCCCUCUUGAGCCCAUCCAAGCUUGUCCCCACGAAAUUGCUGUACUAGGAGAGGUUGUAGCGCCUACGUCAGAGCUGUCUCACACAAUCGCCAACAAUGUUCGAGCUUCUAUCCUGCAUUUUGCUUACCCAGACCAAGUCGCAACAACAGGAAACUUUGCUAGUCCCUUGUCUCCCCAUGAGCAAGAUGCGGGUGCAGUCUUCAAGUUUAGCCUCUAUCAUCUUGUGGGUCUAGACGUGGGAGAGGAGGUUUCCCUCUUCCCUAUCCAGCUCCAGACUGUUGGCUCUUCUGGUGUGGCACCCGAGCCCUUGAAGCCCUUCUCUCCUGAGCUAUUCAAAGAGCUUGAUGACGGCAAGCUUGCCCCUUUGGUUUCAAAGUCCGUCCCUAGUGGCGAGGCACCCCUAAGCCAAAUCGCUCGCAUCGUUCGGUCUAAGAACUCUGGGCCAUUUGAGAUGACUUUUGACGUCAUGUUUGACGAUCUUGCCGUCUUUAAGCGAGUUAAAGAUGCAAAUGUCUUUACGAACGAAACUAUCAAGUCUCUUUACCAUGUCACUGAUAAGGACAUUCUCACAAACAUGUACUUCGAGCCCGCACUCGCUUGGAAGUGUACCAUCGCAAGACCAUGGGCCCAAGGCAGUGUUGGUGAGCGUGACACGUUGGGCACCCAACAACAUGCUCCUCUACUCGACAUCAGAAUCCCUGCCGCAAAGUCUUCUAAUCAGAAUUUGACGAAUGGCCACGCUACUGAGCCCAGCCAAAUACGGCGUGACAGCUACUCGGCCCAAGAUGUAACCGAGGAGAUCUGGAAAGCCUUGGAACUUCCCACGGAGGCACUGAGCUCUAUUCAACUUGAAAAUGACGGAGCACCAACGUUGCCCUCAUCAUACAAAAUCGGAAUCCUCGCUCAAAGCUCCAUCGCUUUAUCUGCUCUUGCCGCUGCUCAAAUCCAUGCUCUUCGCAACGGCACCGCAGUUCCAAGAGUCAAUGUCCCCCUUGAACACGCAACGGUAGAGUUCAAGUCCGAGAGACUUUACGUGCUUGACGGAAAGCCGACACCUUCUCCGUGGGGUCCAAUUGGAGGUCUUCAUAAGACUUCGGACGGAUAUGUCCGUGUACACGAUUCAUUCCCCAACCACGCAAACGGCAUUCUUGAGCUGGUUGGCUUGCCUAGAGGAUCCAGCAGACAGCAGCUAUCGGAAAAAAUCUCUGAUUGGGCGAGCAUCGAUCUCGAGACUGCUGCAACAGUCGAGGGCAAAUUGGCUACAUACGCUUUGAGGACUUACGGCCAGUGGGAUGCUCUGCCUCAAUCCAAGGCUAUUAGCAACCUUCCCAUCGGGAUCUCUCAGCUAUCUUCUAGCGGGCCGAACGGUCUGCCUACAAAAAUGGCAAGCGGCAACUCCAAGAGUCUGCAAGGCCUACGUGUGGUAGAGAUGAGCCGGGUCAUCGCCGCCCCGUUGGCUGGCAAAACUCUCGCUGCCCAUGGCGCAGAUGUUAUCUGGGUGACUUCACCCAAUUUGCCAGACCUUCCAACCAUGGACCGUGACUUUGGACGCGGAAAGCGGACUGUUCAGCUUGACAUCCAUAAUCCUUCAGACAAGGCCCGUCUGGUUGAGUUAAUCAAGACUGCAGACGUGUUUAUACAAGGAUUCCGACCGGGCAGUCUUGCUGGAUACGGACUCUCUCCAGAGGAAGUCAUCAAGAUCAACCCAUCCAUCAUCAUUGCGAAUAUGUCAGCAUUCGGUCCUUGCGGACCUUGGUCCGGCCGAAGAGGAUAUGACUCUCUUGUACAAACAUGCUCUGGUAUGAAUAUCUCGGAGGCGGAGCAUGCCGGAAAAGGAGAGGCCGCGCGCCCGACGCCUUGUCAGGCGCUUGACCACGCCGGAGGAUACUGGCUAGCAACCGGUGUAAUUGCUGCUUUAUAUAAGCGAACAGUUCAGGGAGGUUCUUGGCGGGUUGAUGUGUCUCUUGCUGGGGUAAUGAAAUACUUGCGGAGCUUGGGACAGUACGCUGGGGAGACGGGCUUCGACAGCAAAGACUAUGAAGCACCGGAUGAUGUUCCAAAAGAAUACUAUGAAACAAAGGAAACGGGAUUCGGUCCGAUGAAAGCCAUCAAACAUAGCGCUUGUAUUGAGGGAGUUGAGAUUAGUUGGGAUAUUAUGCCCAAGCCCUUAGGGUCUGAUACCCCUGACUGGCUGUAA